CCCGAGGUGAGGACGCCCCCUCUCAGCCGUCGCUAGGCUACCCUUUUGUACAAGGUGAACGGGGAACCCGAAGAGAGAGAAUAGUCCGCAAGCCAUCAUCAAACUAUCUCCCCAAAAUCAUGGUAUACUGUGGCAAACCCAGCAAAGGUUGCGGCGAGUGUCGCACCAGAAAGAUCCGAUGCGAUCAAGCCAGGCCGGCGUGUUCGCAAUGUAUACGGGGUAAGCGGGACUGCCCCGGAUAUCGGGAUCAACUAUCUUUAAUGUUUCGCGACGAGAGCAAAUCGGUCAUGCGCAAGGCCAAGGCGGAGGCGGGCUCCUCUACUAGCUCUGCGUCUUCUGCGUCGCCAGCCCGGUCUAGUCAAAAGCGGUCGCCAACGCGAUCGUCUCGCAUUGCAUCCCCAGGUGGGAGUGCCGCCGAGAAUCUACCGUCUGAGCAGACCCUGCCCCUGGUGGACCAGGCGUUCAACUUCAUCUUCGACAUGGGUCCACCAGAGGACUUUGCCAUGCCAAACCCUUGGUCAUUACCGCUUGAGGUCCAACCCCCGCCUGAAGCAUCUCAACAAGAAGCCAUCUGUUACUUUUUGCGAGGCAAUGCGAUUCCCGGUAGCUUGUGGAUGGGGGACUUUGUCACCCGCUUCUUGGCCGAACCCGGGGCCACCUCUAGCCAGAAAGCCAUGCAAUCUAGUAUAAUUGCCGUGUCGUCGGCCAUGCUAUGCCGGGUCCGGAAGAUGACGUCGCUUGGAGACCUAGCGCAAAAGGAAUAUGUCUCGGCUUUGAAUCUACUGAACACGGCAUUGAAGGAUGCGGGGGAGGCCAAGACGAAUCAAGCAUUGGGGGCUGUCGUAUUGCUUGCCGUUUAUGAAAUUGUCACAUCGCGAGCUCCACGGGACAUUGACCAGUGGACGAACCAUAUCACUGGAGCCACCGCCCUCUUGGAUUUGCGGGGUCCCGAGCAGUUAAAAACAGAGAUCGGUCUCCGUCUGUUCUUACAUCUCCGUUAUCAGAUUAUCAUCAGCUGUAUCCAACGAGAUGCCCGGGUACCGCAAUCUUUACUUGACUGUACAGAGUACGCCAUGUUUCUUCGACCAGGCGAAGCACAUGGCAACCGAUUGAUCAUGAUCAUCGGCCGACUAUCCAAUCUCCGCGUGGAUAUUCGAGAGAAGAUCCUUACCGACCCCCGAGAGAUUAUAUCAGUCGCUUCCAGUAUUGAGGCCGAUUUGAUCGCCUGGUUGGCGGUACUGCCGCCUGAGUUUAACUACGAAACCCAUAUCAAGUCCCCAUAUGAUUUCAUGUUCCAGGAGCGUUGUCGUGGGCUAGCUCUCUACGACGACAAAUAUUACGAGUACCCUAGUCUCUGGGUCUGCAAUACGUGGAAUCAGUACCGUUGCGCUCGCAUUCUAGUCAGCGAGAUCAUUGUCUCUCAUAUCCGAAAGUUGUCUGACUCAUCUUCUAUACGACUACUCUCUGAUGAGUUCCGACAGCACUGCAAGACCAUUUGGGCUACUACCCAGCGACUCGCAGUCGAUAUCUGCCGCAGCGUGCCAUAUCACCUGGGUGCACAUUUAAAGCAUGCCUCACCCAAUUUCCCACCCCCGGAGAGCUAUAUGGGAGGGCUUAUGCUGCUUUGGCCUUUGUUUUUGGCAGGCAUCGUUGAGAAUCCGAAUCACGCGCUACGUCGAUGGGUCAUACAAUGUCUAAAAAUGGUGGGCCAUAGCUAUGGAUUUGACCAGGCUUUGGCUAUCAUGGAUAUCGUGGCUGCUGACCCGGGUAUUCUUCGCGAGGCUGAGGCACGAGCUGUGGCAGAAGAAUAUCCCACGCCCGAAGAGACUCCGAGCUCCACGAUUCCGCCUGAUCUCCACUACAGCCAGAUCCCUCAGUCGGGGGACACGAUUUUCUGAGUCAACCCCGUCGUAUCCUUGGAGUUAGCUCUCUUAAUUUACUUGGCCACGAGGUAUGUAUUGAGUGACUUGCAUGAUCUAUGCAGUCUCGUGCGGUCGGGCGCAGGGUCUGGGAGCCUGAGGCUUCGGGUCGAGGGGCUUCGGACUCUUUAUGACGCUCAAUGAAUCAUGACGCUUUUUACGCGCGGAGAGUUUGGUGAAUUCCGAUAGGAUCUAAUGAAACAAUAUCCCUGCCAUCAUGACCCUUUGACAGUCUGGAAUGCAUACGACUGGUUGAUCUCUUUGGUCCGUCCUGCAACACGGUGUAUGGCCUUGUGCUGUAGUAAGGUUGAGGCUAUGCAACUACUGCUCCGCCCGCUCAACGGGGUGGCUAAGCGCUUCGACCACCACUCAACAAUGAACGGCGGUAACUAGUAUACACUGCGGCGAGACUAAAAGGGCUAGACUAGGAAAGUGUCACAUUCAUUAUUCACUAA